UUAUUCACAUUGUGUGAAACCAUUUGUUUUGUAACAUACAUUUCUUUACAGGACAAGCAUGGUUUAGAAGAAAUUAAAGCUAAGCAAGCAAUGCAAGAAGCUUUACAAUUAAGGCUGAGUUUAGUAGGUGGAAUGUUUGACAUGAUUCAACGUAGUACAACUUUUACUACUGACUGGGCUAUAUUACUUGUACAGCUUAUUAGCUACGGGGUGGUUGAUCCUCAGAUUAAUUAUGAAUUGUUCACGACAGUUUUAGACAUGCUGGCUGCUCUGAUUCAUACUACACAAGUAUCAGACACUUCUAGUAGUGACCGAGGAGAAGAAAACCGAAAGCAGUAUCUUAACUUGGUUAAGAAAUUAAAGAAAGAACUGGCAGAAAAAAAUAAUAAAGCCAUUCUUAUGGUCAGACAGCUGCUGCCUCUACCAAAAUUGCACUGUGAAGUGAUAACCUGUGAAGCUAUGGGCAGUUUAAUCGAUACCAAAGGAAACAAAAUUGCUGGAUUUGAUUCUAUUGAUAAAAAGCAGGGAUUACAAGUAUCAGAAAAGCAGAAGGUCAGUCCAUGGGAUUUACUAGAAGGCCAUAAGAACCCAGCUCCACUCUCAUGGUCAUGGUUUUGGGCAGUGCGAAUGGAGAGAAAACCAUUGCGCCAUGAAGAAAGUCAUCGUCUUUUGUUAUGGCACACACAUUCUUUAAAGAAACCUAGUAGUUAUUACUUAGAACCUCCUCCCUUACCUGCUGAAGAACUGGAACCCCCACCUGAAAAACAACCUCAAAUACUUAUUGAAGAUAUUAAGAGGGGAAGAGAAACACCUCUGGAGCAAUCACCUAGAGGUAAUGCAAAAAAACCCAAACAGCAACAACGUCGACGUAGAGCUGCUAAGAUGGUAAAUGGUCAGGUUGAGAAAGAAUUUACUAAAGGCAAGAAAAGAGAGGCUCAUGGUAUCCGUCCUGGAAUGGGUUUUCCUGAUCAAAUGAUGUAUCAGCAAGGUCCCCCACAGCAAUGGUAUGGACAGCAACCCCCAAUGCAACAGCCACCAUAUUAUUCACCACAGCAACCAUUACCACCUGCAAGUGGUCCAAGAUUUGAACGUCCGCUUUCACAGUCCAAGCAAGCUCUUAGCACCAUGCUUCGGGCCCGACAUCCAUCUACUCAGUUUCUUCCUAGUGGCAAUACUCAACAUCAGGCUGGUGGUGUUAGUGCUGCUGGUGGUCCAGGUGGUACAAUGCCAGGCAGUAUGGGUGGAAGUCAUCUUGGAGGACCUGGAGCAGGAGGUCCUAUGCCUGGACAUCCUGGUAAUCAUCCUGGAGGUAGUGGACCUGCAGGUUUUUCCAUGGAAAUGAUGCAAAAGCGGCAACAAAUGAUGAUACGUCAACAGUUACGACCACAAGGGAUGCCUGGUGGCCCAGGUGGACCAAUGUAUCCACAUGGCAUGCAAGGAAACACAGCACAAACUGCUCCAUUACAUCAUUUACCCCCACAAGGUAUGAACCAGGGAUAUGGUAACUAUAGUGGCUCUAACAUGCAACCAAAUGCUAGUAUGAUGGAAUCUAGAAAUUCCUCAAUGCUUCCAACUAGUUUUAAUCAAUCAUAUGCCAGCCCACAGCCUGGACCUGGAAUUAUGGGGCCUAGCAGCAUACGCAACCAACAAGGGCAAUAUAUGCCACAACCUAAUAGGCCUCAAUAUGGCAUGGGGCAAGGAAAUAUGCAAGCUCCUAAUGUUACGAUCAAUACAAUGAGUGGUGGUUCUCAUUUACCUGUGUCUGGUUCUCAAAUGGUACAAAAUAGUGGAAGUAAUUAUGGCAGUCAAUCAAAUCCACAGUCAAUAUCUGCCAUGUCUGGUGGACCUUCAAGUCAAAUGCAACACAUGCAGCAAUUAUGCCAUCAGCAACAGCUGAUGGCCAUGCAGAAGCAACAACAUCAACAGCAGCAUCAGCAGCAACAACAUCAACAGCAGCAGCAGCAACAACAGCAACAGCAACAGACUGCUGCAUUAGUAGCACACUUAAGACAUAUGAAUUCUAGUAACCAAGGCACCCCUCAUCCUCAACAACAGCAUCAUCCAUAUCAUCAACCUGGUCCCUACUAAAAAUGUUUUGAUCCACAUUAAAAAUUUUUAAGAAGAAAGAGAUUCAUAUAGAAUGAUGUUAAGAUAAUGUGCUUAAAGUUAUUAGGUCUUAAAAAAUAUUGUUUGCAAGCCAAGAAAAGAAAUACUACUUUUCAAGCUAAUUUUGGUUCUUUAUUCCAUUUUCAAAAAAAGAAAAAGAAAUAGGUGUGUUGGAGAUGUGAACAAUCUAAGUUACUGAAUUUUAGCUGUUCCUGGAAGACUUACAUUAAGAAAUUUGCUCUAUAAUUUAUUAUAAGUGGCAUCUGAACUAAAAUUAUAGAGCAAAUUAUGUAUUAUUUAAUGUGAAUGAAUUAAGUUUUCUAUAUUGUAUUUUUGUGUCAUUAUUCUUUGUUUCAAGAAUUUGAUUUAUUAAAAAAAUACAAAAUGAAUUAAGUAGAAAAUAUUAUUAUAUUCAUUCGACAGAAUUUAGUAAACUUUCUUGCUGAAGCUGAAACUAAAAAUAUGCAGUGAUAUGUGCUCAUAAAAAAAGUAUUUUCAUUUAUCAUAUAUAUAUUUGUAAAUACUCAUGGCAGAAGAUCACAUUAAUAACUAAAUCAAUAAAACUGUUUAUGUAAUUCUGUGAAAAGAUCUGUCUAGUAAUUUUAUUUUAUGUUGUAUGUUUUUAAUUUAAGUAAAAUGUAAAGAGUAAGUGAUAUUAAUAUGGGUUACUUUUUUGUUUUUAUCUAGUUGUGUAUUGAAUUAAAAGUUUUGCAUCCUAUGUUCUUAUAUGAUAAUUCACCCCCAUCAAAAAUUUCCAGCCGUCCCACAAAAAAAAAAAAAAAAAAACAGUUUAUUUUUAAAACUUAUUAAAUAUACAACAGCAUUUUAAAAAUUACUGAAAGGAAAUAAUAGUAUGAAAUACUUUAUUAUUACUGUUAUUAAACCCAAUUUAAAUGUUAUUAAUUUCCUUGGGGAAAAAUUACUUGUUUUUUAAGAUAAUAUCAAGUUUGCAGAAGAUAUUUUCCUUGAUUAACAUGAUAUAGAAUGAUAUCAUAAUUAAAAUACAUAUAUUGUGAACUUUUCUGUUGUAUAUAAUUUUAAUCUGUAUUUUUGCAUAAUAGGGUUAUAAGCAAACUAACACAUUUGUGUAUAAAGUUCAAGAAAUCAUGUUUAUAUCGAUUUUGAUUUCUGUGUCAUGGGAAAUAAUCCCCCCUUCCAAAUUUUGAUACUUCCCUGGCUCAUUUAUAAAUUAUUUACCAGUUUAGGCAUGACAACUUUUACAGUAUGGUUUGGUUUACUCAUAUGUUGUCUUUUGUAUUUAUACCCUCAAAAUUCGGUCUUCAGUUACAAAACAUGUGUCUGAAUUCAUCAAACAUACAUACUAUUUUAACAUAAUACUAAAAAUAUUCAUUAUAAUUUUAAUCAGAUGCAUUUCUAUGACAUAAUUCUGUUAUGCAUUUUGUGUGAAAUUUGUGAUACUAUUAAUUUUUACAUUUAUAUGAAUUUUUCAGAAAAAAAAUGUAAGUUUUUUUGAGGAAAAAAUAUUUAAUUCAGUGGUUCUGAACCUGUUUUCCUCCGUGCAUUAAACAGCUAAAUAAAAGACUUCCAUCCCUUCCUGAAAUUACGAAAUUCUUCCUUGCAGGGAAAUUUCCCCUUGUUUGAGAACCUCCAAUUUAGUCAUAAGAAUUGUUUUCAUAGACUGUGUUUCUAUGCCCCCCACACACUUUCUUAUAUCAGUUUUCUUAAUGCUAAAACAUAACACAGGUGUUUUAAAUACUUCUUCAAAUAAUUUGUGAUCAGCUAAUCAAGAUUUGGCUGUUGUUACUUAUUUUAAAAAAAGUUUCAUAUUAAUGUCAUUAUUUGAAAUGCACUGAUGAAUUAUCCUUCUACAUGAUAAGAAUAUUACUGAGUUUUAUUAUAAAUUGGCAAUCAAGAUAAAUCCAAGGUAAUCUAUCUUGUUUUAUGUUUCAGAAUGGAUAGGGAGGAAAAGCUUUAUUAGUUUAUUUAUAAAUUAGAUUUUCUUUAAGGAUUAAUUAUAUUCAAAUAUAUUAUUUAAAGCUUUAAAUUUAAUAUAAUUUGUAUUCCAUGAAUCCAAUAUGAUGUGAAAAAUUUUUUAGAUAACAAAAUUUAGUGGUUUCAUUAAAAACCUUUUUUUUUUUUUUUUUUAAUUUCUGUAUUCAUUUUCAUGUUUAGAUUAUAUUGAAAUUUCUAUGCUCUGGUUUUUGUAUUUAGUUCUUGAAACAUUGGAAGUAUUUAUGGGACCAUAAUUAAAGUGUAAUUGUUGAUUUUAUGCAUUUUUAUUUUUUUGUGUGUGUUUUGAAAUCACAUGUUAAAUUUAAGUUAUGUAAUAUUUAUUUUAUGAAGUUUUAGAUUUAGUAUCAUUCUACUUUUACUCUUUAAGUAUUAUAAACAAUUAAUUUACUGUAUAACUGAAAAGAAUGUAUGUGUACAUUUUAUAUAUUAAGGCCAAUGUUAGUUGGGUGCAUUUUUUUGUAUGCAGUGAUAAGCCUAGUGCAGGCAGAAGAAAUUAGAGGCAACCGAUUUUUUUAUAAUUUAGAUAUAGCAAAAUUUUUAGAAUUUACAGAUGAUGAAAUUUUAAGAAUUUAUGGAAACAAUGGGAAGCCUAAUUGUAGUGGGUGACAAAAUGCUUAGCACCAGCCCUGUGUAUUAAUUUCAGUUUUUGUUUUUAAUCAGCUUUGAUUAUCGUAUCAUUUUGAAUUUUUUACUAAACAAACUUGUGCAUAAAAUUUAAUUUGAUCUACUAAAAAUGUUUGAUUUUUUGUACUUCUUAUUUGAUAACACAUGUAAUAAAUAUGUAAGAAAUUUUUUGCAUAGUUUUUUUAUGAAAGUAGAUAUCAGUAUCUGGUAUAUCCAUAAUAUGUACUGUUUUAGGAUAAAGGCUCAUCUCCAAGCCAUUAAACAUCCCUACAUAAAAGCAUUCAGAUCACCUUAUAUUUGGGGUAAACGUGCACAAGUAAAUCAGAUCAAGAUUAUGUGUGUGAAAUUUUAUAACAUUAUUUAUUUAAUUAAUGUAUAUGUUCCAAUAAGAUUGUAAUUUAUUUAAAGUUUUAUGUGUUUUAGGACUGAAAGUGAAAACUAGCAAAUUAAAUCUUAUCUUUAUUUUCAACUAUUGUUUAUUUUAGUUAUUGUUCUGGUGGUGGGAGAAAAGCAAUAGAAUGCUAAGUAAAUACUGAAUUGCUGUAGAGGUGUGCUCAGAACUAAAAUGCUAUUUUUAGGCAUAAAUCUUUAUACAAAUACACAUACAUAUUUUUUUACAUGUAUGGAUUCAGUCACAAAACAUGCAGAAAUGUUCUUUAUUUCUUAAAACUUUAAAUGUAUUAAAAAUUUAAAUUAUAUCUCCUUUUUUAGAAAAAUAACAAAUAUUUGAUUAGAAAAAAAGGAAUAUAUUUGUAAUGUGUGCAAAAAUACUUUAUAAGCAUGAUAUCAUUACAGAAAUGCAUUUUUAUUUAUUUAAACUGAAAAUUUAAAUCAUGUUUAUAGUCUGUUGCUUUAAACUAUUCACUUUUAAGGUUCUAAUAACCAACCUCUCAUUAAUGAUUGUAUAAUGCAUUGUCAUUAUUGCUUAAAGGAUUUAGGAAUUUGUAACAAACUGGAGGACUCUACCCUCUAUGCAGCAUUCGUUACCCUAGUUAUGAAGCAAGCCAGGAGGGAAAAAAAUUGUCUUAAAUUGUCAAUUUUAAAGGAAUAGAUUAUAGUAUUAUUCUGUAUUUAUAAAAUAUGUAAAGUUUAUUUUCUAAUUAAAUCCUUCAUUAGUGAUACUUUUAAUCAGUUGAGCUAUUUUGAGAACUGUCAACGCAUUUAAAAGUCUCAUCAUUUUAGAGGUUAAUAAAGUUACCCUAAAUUCUGGCAGAACAGUUCUUGCAAUUUAAAACAGAAUUAGAUGAUCAGAAUUUUUUGACAUUUUUAUACUGAAUUUUGAAUACCAAAAUUUAAUACAUUUAAACUUUGUAAUAUUUCUACUUAAUAUCUAAUAAUUUAGUUAUUGAAAAGAAUGCCAUAAAUUCAGCAUUUGUCGAAUUUAAUUGAAAUGUUAGAUGGUGAAAUUGCCAUCUAUUUCCAUGAGACAGAGUGUUCUUAAAAGUUGGCUACAGGCUUUGUUUCUGAAGCUCUUAAUCCUAGGCAUGUACAUUCAAUUAUAAAAAUUCUGUAAAUAAAUUAGCAAAUUUUAUGAGAUCAGUUUCAGAGAUAGAGAGGAAUGGUUUUCAAAUAUAAACUAGUAGCAUUUAUAUGGUCUUUACAUAGUGAAAUAUAUUUUAGGCCUUUACUGCCAAGUUGUACUGUUACAUGCAAAAUUCUAUAAUAUGUAAACAAUUAAUUUUGGGGGUAUAGUUAAAACUUUACUAAAGCUGUUUUUUUUUUUUUUUUUUUUUUUUUUUUCUGUUUGUUUUUUUUUUAAUUGCUUCCUGAUAUAUAGAUUAAACUAAAGAAGUAUUUAAUUUUAAUCAUUAUUAUCCUUUGAAAACUAGUCAAAACCGGUAAGUAUUUUUUGUAAUACCUUCUUGAAUUUUGAACAUAAAAAAAAAUGAAAUAUUUUUAUUUAAUUUUACUAAAGUAUUACAAAUACUUAAAAAUUUUGACUUUCUGCUCUAGGGAGAUUGUGUAUUCCCCCCCCCCUCCAAAUUGAAAAUUCUAUUCAUAGGGGUGAAAUUUUUCUCAUAACGUUUUCUAUUUAGAGAAGUUUUGUUAAUUAAAGUAUAUGCCUAGGAUCAGUAGUUAAGUGUAUAAGGCCUAUAUCCAUUUUUCAUGAACAUCCAUAUAAUUUGUGAUGCAAAAUGUAGAGUGCAUUCAAAAAUACCAUACUAUAUAUUUUCCUGUAAACUACAGACUCAUUAAAAGUCCUAUGUUAAGUAAAAAGUAUUUUUUCUGUGAAAUGCCUUUUUUUAAUUUAUUUAUUUUUUGUGAUUUGAAAAAAAAAAUAAAUAUCAUAAUUUUAAUAGUUACCUUUUAAUUUGUGAAUUUUAUAUUUAAGUUUGCAUCUAUACUUUUAGUUGUUAUAAAAGUUUUUUUAUAUAACACAUUGUUUUGUUUUUUUCCCCAGGAAAUGGGAAAAUAAUUGUUUAACUCAUUUAUAAAAACAAUUCUGUUCCAUUUUUAAAGCUGUUAUAAUGAUUAAAUAUUUUAUUUAUCUUACUUAGAAAACUUACUUAACCUAUUUUGACAAAAUUAUUUUGCAGGCAUAUGUUCUUUUUCCUGUCUAAAAAUUUUUAUGUACAUUUUUAACAUGGUAUUGUAUACUGCUGUUUCUUUGUUUUGGAAGUGUAAAAAUAAGUUUUAUAAUAGUAAUUAUCUUUUUUAUCUGUAUGUUUUUAGUUUUUGUCAUUAAAACUAUUUAUUAUC